UGCAGUAGGCAGAACAAAAGAUAUAAAGGAGCAAAUUGUUGGGGAUACCGUGGCCAAAGAAACUUCAACAUAAUGAAAACAUUAGUUUUGGUUACAUCAGAAAGUGCCUUCUGCAAGAAAAUUAGCUUAUGCAAAAAUUUUAAUAAGAAAAUAAUAAAUUUUGUCUCGUUAACGUAAAAUCAACUGGGUAUGUCUUCGGUCAAUGUAAAGUUUGUAGAGAAUUAUUACCAAAAAGCAUGGUGUGAAAAUUUAUCUUUUUUUGAUGCCGCAUUUGACCAAUUUUGUACUUUUAUAUGCUUUUAUGGUAUCUAAGUUUUUAUAAUUUUUCAUUAAAGCCUGUUUAUACGCUGUGAUGUGCCUUAUAACUCGGUCUUGCUUGUUUAGUUACUAGCAGCUAAAUCUAAAAAUGGGAGUUGAGAAUUCAAAGUUUUACUAUGUAUAACUAUGUAUAACCUAGUAAAAUCGUCAACAAGCAGCUUUGCAAGCAAAUACUUAUAUUUCUUGAGGUGGUCCGUGUUUCUGUUUCUUUUCUAAUUCAAACAAAUGGUCCUCUCUUGAUUGUUUGUUGUAAGUUGUGUAUUUGCUUUUGCCCAAAGUGACCUGAUCAAAUCAACAGUAACUGUUCUUCUUAUUAGCAUGCGCCCAUGAGUCAGAAUCGCAACUGUGCUUCCUUAUUCAAAGCUUAUUAAUUUAGGGAUGACCAUCUGCGCGCCGCUUCUGGCUAUAAAUUGGUCUCGAAUAUGCCCUAUGCUUAUUGCAACGCGAUCAUCCAGUUCAAAGCAUCGGAGAAAGAGAAGAGCGCUUUCCAGCUAAGAUUAAAUUAUAAGAGAAGCAAGAUUGUGGAUUUUUCAACGCAGCUGUUUUUUUAGUACGUGCAACCAAGAUAGCUAAGACAGACCUGUAGCAAGUAUCUGCUUGCAUUGCUAUUAGAUACAAAUGGAGAACUGGGUAGCUGCAUCAAUCAAUGAAAACCUAGACUAUAUGCCUGCACUGAGCAGUAAUUAUUUGGAACCGAUGCUGAUUCAAGAUGCUGGGGAUAAAAAUACAAAGCAUGAAAGCCACAACUUUAGUCGUCGCCAGUGCAAUCUUUGUUGGAAAAUUCUCCAUGACUCUUACUAUGAAACCAAUGGGAUGUCGCUUUGCAAAGAUUGCUACUGCAGCGCUGGAUCCAGGGAAGAGUGUUACAAAUGCAAGGCAGUCAUUCUAAACUCUGAAAUGGUAAUGAAAUGCGAUGGAAUAUUCUUCCAUUGGAGAUGUUUUCAAUGCAGUGUUUGCCAUGCAAAACUAGAAGAAGGUAGAAAGUACGGAAUUAUUGCUGGAACACUUUUCUGCGAGCAACAUUUUGUUGAUGCAACGUUCCAAUUGAAAAAGGAGAAGGCAAGAGGGGACUCUGAACGUACAGAGAAUGAUUUUCUUGCAUAUUUCUGCUAUUCGCUGGAACAGACGUUGUUCCGGUCAAGUCUAUUUCAGACUCAAGAUACCCCAGACUUUCAGAUAGACGCGCUAAGUGAUUCACCAAGAGGAUAUCUAUCAUUGGAGACACCACAGUUUGCCUGCAAUGCUUCGAGUGAUGUAUUGCAUAUAAAUUCGCCAUUCAAUCAUAGCAGUAUCAUGGCACCAGAGCAGAUGAAAGCAAAAUCUAAUAACAUAUGCAAAAAUAAGCGCAAGAGACAUAGAACGACUUUUAGGCAAGACCAACUAAAGGAAAUGAAAUCAGUGUUUGACUUGAACCCAAAUCCUGACACAGCCGAGCUUCAAAGACUUUCCCAAAGACUCGGUCUAUCAAAAAGAGUGCUACAGGUUUGGUUUCAAAAUGCUAGAGCAAAGCAGAGGCGAUGUCCUAGCAUCAACAAGCAAGAAUUUGUUUGAAAUAUGUUUGCUGCGACAUUUUGUAUUUGGUCCGUAAUUGUUGGGCAUCUGUUGGUUGCAACUCAUCGAUCUAUUGCGCAAUUGACAUAUACUGGUUGCUAAGCAACAUAUAUUGCGCAAUUGACAUAUACUGGUUGUUGCGCAUCGAUCUAUUGCGCAACUGAGACAUAUACUGGUUGUUACUUAUCGAUUUAUUGCGCAAUUGACAUCAAUUGGUUGCUAUUCAUCCAUUGGUUUCGUGAAUUUCAGGUCAUAGUCAAAUAUAAACAUCAUUUUCAUUGAAAAAACAAACACAACGCUGUUUCCAGCUAGACAGACUUUGUGAACGUUUUAUCACCACCAUGAAAUUGACAGAAAAAAUAAACUAUGAUAUCGCUUACAUAUUGA